CAAGACCAAGUUCCAUGCGCCUUUCCCAUACACAUGGGUGCCGGCGGCACAGUAUUCGUCCGAUGCAAUACCAGCCGCUCGGUCCCGCUGAGUCCACAUGUGCUGCAUUGUCAUCCAACAACACACUGGGUCCGCGAGCGAUCGGUUCGCUCGAUUCCCAUCGCGGCCAUCGCGCUCGUCACUUUCGGCCAGCACUCCCGACUCUCUGAGCGACAACGAGGGCAGCCACGGUGGACCCUCGGGCCGGUACACGCCGCGCAAGGUCACCUACACGAGCACACGCACAGGCCUCACGCCAGGAGGCUCUCGUGCCGGCUCCAAGCCCAAUUCACGCCCGCUCAGCAGACAAGGAUCGAAGCCACCAUUAAACGACCAAGCACAAUUUAUACCUCUUUUUAUUCCCGUAGACGAUCACACGCCGUCACGCAUUCCGCAACGGAAACCGUCAACAGCAAGCACCGCCAGCGGCACUACGCCACGCCCAGCGCGACUAUCAGUGACCAGCACCACGCCAGGCAGUCGCCUGAACGGCUCUAGCACCAUCACCCGCAAAACCGCCUCCGGCUCGGCCAGUCCAGCACCCACAAGCAACGGAGGCAUGAGUAGAUCAUCCAGUAUACCAGCACUAACAGGCUUCGGCUUCAAACGAAUUAGGCGGAACAUCAGCGGAAGCACGACCCCGUCGGGUAUGCGCAAGAGUUCGGCGGAGCCGACAUUCAGCUCGACAAUGCAUCGCACAGCGCGCGGUACCACAACGACGGAGAAGCGCGAACCGUUUCGGCUAUAGAAUGGAGAAAUGAGAAAAUAUAAGGACGAAGAAUGCCAAUAUUUAAACCAUACACACCACAAACAAACUUAUGUUUGAAUGCAAUGAAUGUAGCAGGAACACACACAGCACAAAGUUCUGUUGAGACUAACUUUAAAGUGCCCCAAAGGAGUGGAUGAGCGAGACAAUUUAUAGACGUUUAUGCCACUCGCGAGUAUAGUAUAUGUUUUGUAAAAGACACAUACAUAUGUAGAUGAGAUGAGCGCAGACAUAUAGUUAGCACACAAAGUUGAUCAGAGAAGCAACCUACUUACGAGUACUACUAAUACUAAUACUACACUACCUAUUGCUACUACUAAUUUGUAAUGUCCUUUACCCCCAUUCACUAGUUUUACAUGUUUCUAAAAUUAUAAUUUGUAUAUACUUAUAAACGAAACGAUGAGAAAACAUGCGUAAAUUAAUGAAAAAUACACUCCAAGGUGCUCCAAGGCAAGUAAAAGAAUACA